AUGGGAAACUACGUUGAGAAUUACGAUCUCAUCGUGAAGAAAUGGGAGCCCGUUUUGGUAACGCCAGCCGAGGAGACCAAGAGAGGAAUCUACUUCCUCUCCAACGUCGACGAGGAUGAAAACCUAGUCCGCACCAUUUACUGUUAUCACCAUAAGAAAACUAACGAUGACGAUCCUUCGGGAGUGAUCAAGAACGCUUUGAGCAAGGUUCUUGUCCACUACCACCCUCUCGCCGGCCGGCUGGUGACCACCACGGCAGACGAGGGGAGGCUCGCCGUGGAUUGCACCGGCGAGGGCGUGUUGUUCGUGGAGGCGGAAGCGAAUUGCCCAAUGGGCAGCAUUGACUUCUCCAAGCCUGAUGCGGAAACACGUGGCAAGUUGGUGUACGAGAUUCCUGGUGUGAAGAGCAUAUUUCAAAUCCCUCCUCUCAUGAUCCAGGUGACCAAGUUCAAAUGUGGAGGGUUCGUGCUGGGAGUCUCGUUCAACCAUCUCAUUGCAGAUGGACAAGCAGCCAUGGAAUUCAUUAACUCAUGGGCAGAAACAGCUCGUGGAUUACCACUCUCUGUCCAACCUUUCCUCGACAGAACCAUCCUCAAAGCUCGAAACCCACCAAGAAUUGAGUACCACCACGCUGAGUACGACGUCUUAGAAGAUAAGUCGUCGCCGACAAAUAACAAAGAAGAAACCAUCUACGACUACAUCUACAUCAACGAGCAAAUGAUCCAAAAGUUGAAGCGACAAGUCGCAGCUGAAAUCUAUGGGCCUAGUCCUCCAGGGCCCGUACAAUUUUGCAGCUCUUACGAGGCCCUCUCUGCUUUUGCAUGGAGAGCUCGAGCCAAGGCCCUGAAGAUGGCAGCCGAUCAAGAGACCAGAAUCCUUCUUGUGGUGAACACAAGGAACAAGUUCGACCCACCAUUGCCAAGAGGCUACUUUGGCAAUGCGAUCAAGUUCAUUAGUGCUAUAAGCUUGGCAGGUGACUUGGUCGACAAGCCACUUUCGUAUGCGGUUGGUAAAGUCCAAGAGGCUAUCAGAAGCGUUACGGAUAGUCAAUUGAGGUCAGGAAUUGAUUACUAUGAGGUGCAUAGGACCAAAAGACCAAUGGGUUGUACGAUGAUCUCGACUGCUUGGUCGCGGUUGGCUUUUGGUUCGACCGAUUUUGGCUGGGGAGAGCCAGUUAUGACUGGACCGGCGGAGUUGCCUGUGGAUGAGGUGAUCAUAUUUCUGGCUCAUCCAAAGGAGAAAGGUAGCUUGAAUGCGUAUGCUGGACUGCCAGCUUCUGCAAUGAGGAAUUUUCAAAAGUUGUGGCAAGAAAUCAUCUAG